AUGUCUAAGGGUAGAGUAGCUCCAAUUGAUAAAAAGGGAGAUAAGAGCUUAACGUUACCAAAACUGGAACUCACCGCGGCAGUCUGUGCAACUCGACUUCAGAAAUUUAUACUUGAAAAUAUUGACGUUAAAUUUCAUUCCUGCACUUUGUGGACAGAUUCGAAAAUAACGAUAUAUUGGAUCAUGGGCAAAGCUGACAGGUGGAAACCGUAUGUUCGCAGUCGUGUAACUGAAAUUAAGAAGAACUCAGUUGGAGUAUGGCGCCAUUGUCCAGGGGCAGAGAAUCCAGCAGAUUUACUAACGAGGGGUGUGACAUCUAAAGGUCUUAUGACAUCGGAAGUUUGGAAACAUGGACCUAAUUGGCUGAAAUUUAAACCAGAAGAAUGGCCUGAAGAAGAUAUCGCGAUAGGAUCUGAAGCAUCUGUUUUGCUCGUACAAGGAGAAGAAGUAAUCCAGAAUAACGAACCAAUCUUCAAACUUGAGAGAUUCAGUAGUUUGGAGAAAAUCUUUAGCAUUACCGCUUAUGUUAAAAGAUAUUCCCAUAAUCUAAGAAAUAAAAAGAACAAAAGAACUGGAAGCUUGAAGGCUCAAGAGUUAAAGGAGGCUGAAAGAUAUUGGAUAAAGGUAACUCAAGGACAGCAUUUUUCAAGUGAAAUAGCUGACCUAAGAAGAGGUAAAAAAAUUGAACCCUCUUCUCGAGUUUUAACGCUAAGUCCCUUUCUUGAUGAAGACGAUAUAAUGAGAUUAGGAGGCCGUUUACAGGAAAGCUCCUUACCGUACCAAACGAAAUAUCCUGUGGUGUUACCUAAAACGUCAUUUCUAACGGAUAAACUUAUUUCGAACUCUCAUGUUUCCACAAUGCAUGGUGGAGUAAACGUGACGAUGGUACAUAUAAGAAAACGAUUUUGGAUUUUACAAUGCAGGCAAAGAGUAAAAUCUAUACUGAGCAAAUGCAUAAUUUGCAAGAGAUUACGAGCAAAACCUGGCAAUGAACCUUUUGCACCCUUACCAAGAAGUAGGGUGUCUUCAGCAGAACCAUUUAAGGUAACGGGCCUAGAUUUCGCUGGACCUCUAUACAUUAUCAACGAAUCGAGGCGGCAAAAGGCUUACAUCAUGCUGUUAACGUGUGCUGUGGUACGUGCCGUACAUCUUGAAAUAGUUCCUAAUCUAACAGCAGAGAGCUGUAUUAACGCAUUUAGACGGUUCAUUUCAAGAAGGGGAGUUCCGGAUAUCAUUUAUUCAGACAACGCGAAAACAUUUAAGAGAACAGCUUUAGAAUUGAAAGAAUUAUACAAAAUAAUUUGCACCGAUAAAUUUCAAAAUUUUGUCACAGGACGUUGCAUUGAAUGGAGAUUUAUUGUGGAGCGCGCCGCGUGGUGGGGCGGAUUUUGGGAACGAAUGGUCAAAACUGUAAAAGAUGCUCUAAAAUUGUCACUUGGAAAGAAAUCCCUUGAUUGUGACGAACUACAAACCAUCAUUUCAGAAAUUGAAGCUACGGUGAAUAUGAGACCGCUUACCUACUUGGAUGAUCAGCCCGAAAAUUUAAUGUUUUUGACACCAGCACAUUUCCUUUUGGGUAGUAACGAAUGUGGAUUUCAUAUCAACAACAAACCAUCCGGAUAUUAA